CUGCCUGCUCCUCCAAGGACUGGCGUUGGCAGUGGUGGACCACUAGCAGCAAAGGCUGCCCAGAGGGCUGGGGGGAGGGUGAAAGCGGCAGCAGCAACAAGCCAGCUAAGCCUCCCCCCUCCAGAGAGGGAGAGGAGCGAGCAGGAGAGCCGGCGCGGGCUGUGCACUUUGUGCCUGGCUGCAAGGGCUUGCUGCAGCCCCUGCACAUCUCCAGCAGGUACUUGUGCGCGUCCGUGUCCCAGCGAAGAGCAUCCUUCCAGGGGGAAGAGUCGGGAAGCGGUCAGAAGAGAAGGGGAGGGGGGAAUCGGCUAUUCUCCCCUGCCAGAGGCAGGUGAAAGAGAGAGAAAGAGCAGUUUAGGGGAAUAAAGGUGGAGGAGCCGGAGACUCAGAUAGGAAAAGUUGCCCUGCUGGGAGGCUCUGCGCUCUAGAGACUGAGCUCGGCUCCACCAUGGGAUUUCGAGUGUCUCACAGAAGCCUCCUCCUUCUCCUGUGUGCCAGCAUCUUCCCUGGCCGCGGCCACAUGGAGACCCGAGCCCACGCCGAGGAGCGGCUCCUGAAGAAGCUCUUCUCCGGGUAUAACAAGUGGUCCCGCCCAGUGGCCAACAUCUCGGAUGUGGUCCUCGUCCGCUUCGGCUUGUCCAUCGCCCAGCUCAUCGACGUCGAUGAGAAGAAUCAAAUGAUGACCACAAAUGUGUGGGUGAAGCAGGAGUGGCAUGACUACAAGCUGCGCUGGGACCCCCAAGAAUACGAAAAUGUCACAUCCAUCCGAAUCCCCUCAGAGCUCAUCUGGAGGCCGGAUAUUGUUCUCUACAACAAUGCUGAUGGUGACUUUGCAGUCACCCACCUGACCAAGGCCCACCUCUUCUACGACGGGAGAAUUAAAUGGAUGCCACCUGCUAUCUAUAAAAGCUCCUGCAGUAUCGAUGUUACCUUCUUCCCCUUUGACCAGCAAAACUGUAAAAUGAAGUUUGGCUCCUGGACCUAUGACAAAGCCAAGAUAGACUUGGUGAGCAUGCACAGCCAUGUGGACCAGCUUGACUACUGGGAGAGCGGGGAAUGGGUUAUCAUAAAUGCAGUGGGCAAUUACAACAGCAAGAAAUAUGAAUGCUGCACUGAGAUCUACCCCGAUAUAACUUAUUCCUUCAUCAUCAGGAGGCUGCCCUUGUUCUACACAAUCAAUCUGAUCAUCCCCUGCCUGCUUAUCUCUUGCUUGACUGUCUUGGUCUUCUACUUGCCCUCUGAGUGUGGAGAGAAGAUAACUUUGUGCAUCUCAGUGCUGCUGUCACUCACUGUGUUCCUUCUGCUCAUCACAGAGAUCAUCCCUUCAACCUCUUUGGUCAUUCCCCUGAUUGGAGAGUAUCUGCUCUUCACCAUGAUAUUUGUCACCUUGUCUAUCAUCAUUACUGUCUUUGUGCUCAACGUGCACCAUCGUUCCCCACGUACCCACACUAUGCCUGACUGGGUGAGAAGGAUCUUUCUUGACAUAGUCCCACGUCUCCUCUUUAUGAAACGGCCCUCUGCAGUGAAAGACAAUUGUAAGAAGCUCAUUGAAUCCAUGCACAAAAUAACCAACACACCAAGGCUUUGGUCCGAGACUGACAUGGGACCCAACUUUACUACCUCAUCUUCCCCCAGCCCACAGAGUAACGAGCCAUCACCUACAUCUUCCUUCUGUGCCCAUCUAGGGGAGUCAGUCAAGCCCCAACCUGUCUGCAAAUCUCCUUCCAGCCAGUAUACUGUGCUUCACCCAGAGCCUGUUCACGUAUCCAGCUCCUCACCACAGUCCUCGUGCCAUCCUCUGAGUGACACCCAGACCACAUCCAUCUCGAAAGGCAGAUCCUUAAGUGCUCAGCAGAUGUACAGCCCCAAUAAAGCAGAGGAAGGUAGCAUCCGCUGUAGGUCCCGAAGCAUCCAGUAUUGCUACCUGCAGGAGGACUCGUCCCAGACCAACGGUCAAUCCAGUGGCUCUCCAGCAUCCCAGCGGUGCCACCUAAAUGAAGAACAACCCCAGCACAAACCCCAUCAGUGCAAAUGUAAGUGCAAAAAGAAUGAGGCCGCUGGCACAUCAGGUCAAGGGGCCAAGACGCACAGCACCAAAGAACAACAUCUUCUGUUGAUGUCCCCGGCCCUGAAGCUGGCGGUGGAAGGAGUUCAGUAUAUUGCAGACCACCUGCGAGCAGAAGAUGCAGAUUUCUCAGUGAAGGAAGACUGGAAGUAUGUUGCAAUGGUCAUUGACCGAAUCUUUCUCUGGAUGUUCAUCAUUGUGUGCUUGCUGGGAACUGUUGGUCUCUUCCUCCCACCCUGGCUGGCAGGAAUGAUCUAAAUAUAACCCCAGAAAGAAGAACGUAUAACCCACUCUAUGGGUUUUAGCUCACCUGGAAGGAGAUGAGCAGAGGAAUGGAGACAGCCUCUUGAAUGAUUUACCGGGUGCCUGCAUAUGAGUUGUUCCGGAGCACUCUGGGAACACUCUCUGAGGUUUCAUCAUUUUGCCAAGCCAUUUUCAUCUCCUCCAUCUAAGUUAGGGGAAAAGUUCUUAUUCAAGUUUGUACAUAGCAUAGUGGCAUUCAUUGACAUAUAUUCAGCAAUGUGAAAGCAUGAGCGUGUUCCCUACAGCAGUAUAUACAGAGGCUUUGCACCAGCCAGCCCCUGCCAAACUACCUGCACUCAUCUUCAGAGGUCAUGGUGUGCCCUGUCUAGUAAAUUCGCCCCAUCGAGCUGAUAUGGUCCAGGACUGUGUGUCCCUGUAUGUGUCAUUUUAUAA